UUACAUUCUGAAGCCUCGCGGAACAUUUCUAACAAUACGCCGCUUUCAGCUAAUUUAUUUUUUUGUUUCGUUUUUGAAAUGUAUUUCUAAGUGUUCAGGCAUGAAAGUCCCAAUGCGAUUAGAUUUAUUGUGCUUUGAAUGCCCGUUCUGCUUUGUUUUUGUAAAUGCGCUUCAAUUAUUGCUAAGUGACCUAAACAAAAUUAUUCAGAUUGCGAUGAAUUGUUGGGAACCUUGCCAUUAAAAUCUCUCCUGAAAAUCUGAUAACAAAUAAUCUAUGCUGAAAAGGUCUUCUUUUUAAAUACGUUCGUUAUUAAAAUGUCUGCCGAAGACUUACAGAAUGAAGAACGAGAAGUUUUGGAUUCAAUUUUUGACGGAGAUGAAAAUUUCAAAGCUAUUGACACCAAUUCAUUCCAGUACACAGUAUACAGCGCAACGUCACCCGAUAAAACAGUAGCUUUAAGGAUUCACUGGUCAUCACAAUAUCCAGAAAUUAUCCCCAAUUUUAGUUUAGAGUUGUCGCACAAUAACCAAAUUCCACCUCAUGUGAAAGCUAACUUGCUAUCAGAACUGAAAACUUUUGCAGAGGAAAACGUGGGAGUUUCGAUGACAUAUCUGAUAGUUGAUUGGCUGAAAGAUAACGUGGACUCAUUAAUACCUUCAGGCUUGAAAAAAGAGGAGGUCAAGUCGGAGCAAUUGACGAAAAGACAGAAAAAUAAACUAUCCAGUUUUGGAAACAGUCAGACAAGGGGUAGAGACUGGGUUGAUAUAAUCCGGCAUUUGUCCCAGAUGGGUUCAGCAGUGGAAUGAAAAUUUGUUUUGUCUACUAUAAUUUUGCUUUUAGUCAUACAUAAUUUAAUGUUUCUUGGGAAAUUUGCAUAUUUU